AUGUCAUCCUGGCAAUCCGACAUCGACAAAUUCUUGCUCUAUGCAACAAUAAGCUCUGUUGGUGUCCCUUCUGGCCCACGCACCUUAGAUACUACGCAAGCUCUCCUUAGGCAAGAGCUGAAAAACCGCCUGAUUCAUGAAGGUAUUGGAAGGGGUGCCGGAAUACCGUUGGAAAACUCUGUUUUCCAUCAUCUUGUGAUGAAAACUACUCUCCAAUUAAGCGACAUCAAGACAAUUCAGUAUGACAGAACAGGACCAUCUGCAUACUCCGGAGACAAAUGGAAAUUCCACCGCAGGAGAAAAGGAAUCAAACGUACUCGUGGCGCAAAACAAGACGAUGGUACAGAGGACAGUGACACAGGGCACGAGGAUGCAGAGGAUGAUGUUACAGAGUAUGAUGAUACAGAUAUCGAUGAUGCAGAGAUCAAGGGUGCAGCACUUGGUGUAGAGCCCUCUUUUGACUCGGUGAUCCAUGGCCAAUCUGAAACAGAAACAUGGAGUUCCCAAGAGUACCAGCCUUCUAGGUCGAAGAAAAGGCACAGACAGGUGCCCAUGAUGACCGAAAAAGAGUUUCAACGUCUCUUCUACACCAUCCAGUACCACCUGCGUCACAAACUGAAACUCCACCUCCCUUUCAACAUCUCAACUGGAUCCCAGUACUGGUCCGCAGAGUUCUCCACCUCUCCUAUACCAGACAAAUACAACUGCCAGAAGCCCGACAUAGCCCUGUUUGACUUCGCCAUCAAAAACAUGGGGAAGACAUGGGCAGACGUCCUGUCCUUUGUUGAGCAUACCUCCAGCGAUCUCACUAAAAAGCGAGAUAUACCAGUGUUCUGGGGAUCUACGACCAAAGCCUACCUCAUGCUGAGAGAACAACCGUGGCGUCGAUUCGUCAUUGGGUUUUCGAUUUGUGCCAAUCAGCUUCGCGCACAUUACUUUGACCGCUCUGGUCUCAUUAUAUCCCAUCCUUUCCACAUCCAUCAAAAAACAGGCCCUGUGCGACUCACAGAGAUGUUGGGUACCCUCACUCUAUCGGAUAUUCAUCAUUUAGGUUUCGAUCCGAUGAUCCACAUGUGCGGAGGGCUGGGUGAAGGACAACCACGACAAAACAUAUUCUAUUAUGGAGGUUCUGUGGAAGAGCCAUGGGCUUUUCUGUUGUGGAACGAGGAGAAGAGAAUGCACGAAACGACUAUCCUGGCGAUGGUCAAGGGCAUCCCUAAUGUUGUUGAACUCAUAGACCAUUGGGAUGUGUAUUACGAAGGGGAGCCUGACUGCACAGUGCACAUUCGCAGCCAAUACGACAUGGGCCAUCUGGAUGACUUGAUGUUCCACAACAGAUUCCACCGCCACAUUCUCUUGUCCCCCUGUGGAGAGCCAUUAUCUAAAUUCAGCUCUAGACAAGAACUGCUCACCGCCUUUCAUGCCUUUGUAGUUGCUCAUCACAUGAUGAUUGGGAAGCGAGUCUUGCAUGGGGACCUCAGUCCCAAUAAUUUUGUUGUUCAUGACGGUAUCGGUUACUUCAUCGAUUUCGAUCAUGCCUCGAUUCUAGUGGAAGGCACGACUAGCACCUAUUCGCAUGGUACAGGGACCAUGCCCUACAUUUCUAUCCGCAUUCUUCAGGCUAUGCUGGAUCUAGCCCCAUUUGAGGUUGGCGCCAACAUCUCAGGCCAGGAUGCUGAUCCAAACAAUGUGGACAAUUUCAAGGUGGACAACAACGUCGACCUUGUUCCGCAGGCUGCCAGUGCUCUGCAGGAUGUCAACUUUGAUACGAAUCUAAUCGAACACCGGCCCAGCGAUGACCUCGAGUCCUUAUUCUACAUUUUCUUCGAAUUUAUUGCUAAGUAUGGGGGGCCACACGGCCAAUUGGCACCCACCUGGUCCCGGCAAACUUUGCCGUGGGUGAGCGCUUAUGAGGCUUUGGGCAAUGCGGACACCCAUUUGGCUCUGAGUACAAUCUGUUUUGUGAAGAUGGGGGUUUUGAUGCAAGGCAGAUUCUUGGUCGCUAAGACAUCCGAAUACUUUGUGGAAUUCCGACCUCUUGUGCAAAAAUGGGGCACCAUGGUUUACAAUGCGAACGCGCCCCAAAUCAGGUAG